AUGAGCUUCCAAGACAAAGUGGUCAUUGUAACUGGCGCCAGUUCCGGCAUUGGAGCUGCCACUGCCAUAAAGUUUGCAGAAGAAGGAGCUAAAGUAGCGAUAGUUGGCAGAAACCAUGAGAAACUGGGCAACGUCGCGAAGAAGUGCAACAAUUCCUUAAUAAUCGCUGCUGACGUAUCUAAAGAUGAAGACGCUAAAAAAAUUAUUGAAAGAACCGUAAAACGUUUUGGGAAGAUCGAUAUUUUAGUGAACAAUGCUGGUAUAGGCAGAGUUACAAAUAUACUAGAUGAAGGUGUUAUAAAUGUUAACGACCAAAUACUAUCUACAAACCUUCGCGCUGUGGUUGUCCUGACGCACCUCGCCGCACCAUAUCUAGUAAAAACCAAAGGUAACGUUGUGAAUAUAUCAAGUGUAGCUGGGUAUCGAGUAUUUCUAGGUAAUUUCGCUUACUGUACAUCCAAGGCAGCACUAGAUCAUUUCACUAGAGCUGUCGCACUUGAACUAGCCCCACAGGGUGUUCGGGUUAAUGUGAUUAAUCCAGGACCUGUAAGAACAGACAUUAUUGAAAAUAUGGGAGCAACGAAGGAAAUAGAAGAAGCAACCUUCAAUCGUUUGCAAAAGAUGACUGCACUUUCAAGAGUUUCGGAUUCUGAAGAGGUGGCCGAUCUGAUUUUGUUUAUAGCCAGUGACAAGUCCAAGGCCAUCACGGGAUCAUCAAUUGUUACUGAUAAUGGAGCGAUGUUAAAAAGCAGUGACACGCCCCCUUUAGAUAUGUAA